AUGAGAUUAUUGUUUUUAAGAAGAAUGUCGUUCGUAGAUCUUGCAUCACUCAGAAUCAAGUACAAAUCGGAGAAGGAGAUCUUUCUAGAGUCCAGCAUUGAGCGGAAGGAACCGAUAAGCCUAUUUCGCAAGUGGUUGCAAGAUGCUUGUGAGACUCCAGAGAUCAUCGAACCAAACGCUAUGUGCUUGGCAACAGCAACAAAAGAUGCUGUACCAUCGGCUAGGUUUGUACUAUUAAAAGACGUAACCGAAGAUGGAUUUACAUUCUUUACCAACUACGAGAGCCGUAAAGCGGAUGAGCUGGCAGAAAAUCCGUGCGUGGCGCUGGCGUUCUAUUGGCUACCGUUAAGGCGCUCCGUCCGAAUCGAAGGCAAGGCCGAGCGCAUAUCACGCGAGGCUUCGGAAACAUAUUUCCAUCAGCGUCCACGCGCGAGCCAAAUCGGCGCCGUGGCAAGCCCACAAAGCAAACCGAUACCGAGCAGAGAGUUUCUAGACCGAAAAGAAAAAGCCAUCAAAGAAGAACUCGGACCGGACGGUGUAGUACCACUGCCAAACUGGGGUGGCUAUCUUGUACGCCCAAAAGCGAUUGAAUUUUGGCAAGGACAAACCAACCGUCUGCACGAUCGCAUCCGCUUCCGUAAACAGCUCGGUGCGCAUGAAGCCAUUGACGGUACAUUGCUUCAUCAGGGAGAAGAAGGAUGGGUGUACGAACGAUUAGCACCGUAA